AUGGGUCCUGAUCACGGCGUCCUCGGUGCGACAUUCAAAGUCACUCGAGCUCUUCAGAUGGCAUCCAUGAUCGCCGUCAUUGGAAUCACGGCCAAUUUCAUUUCUGAGAUGGUCAAUGCUGGAGCAACCCCACCAUCAGUUCUCGUCGCAAUUCUGAGCAUCGUCUGCAUCGCCGUACUAUAUUGUGCCAUCACGGUCAUUCUUUACUUUGACAACAUCCUUCCUUUCUUGAUCAGCACUGGCAUCGACUCUCUCUUUUUGAUUGCCUUGAUCGUCGUCUCCGUGGUGGUUGGCAAGCCGCUUUCGUAUCUGAACUGUGUGGUCCUUGAUGAAAUAUCCAAUGCCACCUCAAGCGCAUAUGACUUCACUUCGGCACUCGGCAACAGCCUCAACAAGGGGGGAAAGGUCAACUACUCCCAGUGGAUAGGUACCUCCAAGGCCACGUGCUUGGAAAUGAAGUCCAUUUGGGGCCUGAGCAUUGCACUCUGUAUUCUGUUCACCUUCUCGGCUGUGAGCACCGUCUGUCUCUGGAAGAGAACCAAGUAUACCGGUGCCGACAAGAGCGAGGCUUGA